AUGGCGGGGCGGAUGCGCGCAGCGUCUCGAGUCGCCGCCCCCGUCGCGCGGGCCGCGAUCGCGAGAGGAGGAGCGCAUCCAGCGCGCGGAGAGCAUCCGGCGCGGUGGACGUGGCCGCGGUUCGCGUCCUCGGACGAGACGGACAAGGGCGUGACCGCGCACCCGAUGGCGGCGCGACCGACGGCGGACAUCGAUCCCCCGGCGGCGGAGGCGGCGGCGGGCCCGACGUUCCGCGAUCCCGACGCGGCGCCCGCGAGCGGCGACGGCGGAGGCGAAGACGCCCAGCGCGGAGGAUCCUCGCGCGCGGUCGCCGGCGCGAAGCGGGAGAAGGGCGACGACGACGGCGACGACGACGGCGAGGAGGGCGAGUUCGACGUCCAGGGCCCGGAGGGCAAGGACUACCGCCUGCUGCACAUGGCGACGACGACGCCGGACGGCGAGACGGUCGCGAUGACCGCGGUGGAGCCGUGGGAGGUGCUCUGCGCGAACACGGAGUACGUCCCGCCGGAGGGAUGGCGCCUCGAGGACUUCUCCGAGAACGGGUUCACGAUCGACGACCACCCGUUCGACGCGGAUACGAAGCUGUCGGACUACUCCAAGACGGAGAUGUACCUGCGGCACAAGAGCGACCCGGAGACGUGGACCGCGAAGCGGCUGGCGGCGCACUACAACGUGAGGCAGCAACGCGUGCUCGCGAUCAUCGCGCUGAAGGACAUUCAGGCGCGUUCUAUACACUGGUCCCCAUACGACCGCGUUGGCGUGGUGAAGGCCCGGAAGUGGGAGCUCGAGGGCCGCGAGACGUGCGCGCAGAUUGACGUCAACUACGCGUGGCACGACGGGAUCGCGCACCACGGGAACGGCGAGAGGCACCAGUGGUGUCACUACCACAAGGCCAACUACCAGGUGGUGCCGACGCACUUCACGCCGGAGCGGGUGGUGGAGGCGCUGCCGCCGUACGUGAGCAAACAGGAGAAGGCGGAUAUCGAGGACCGGCACAUGCUGCGGCGGUUUAAACGGGAUCUGGACUACAACCUGAUGAAGACCGGGCCUGGGUUGUUGAGAAGCGGGCGGUUCAAGCAGCGGCGGAAGAGACCCGAGGGCGGGUGGCCGCUGAUGGUGAUCCCGAUGAACAAAGACAACUCGACGAAGCGGCGGAAGCAGGCGAAGAGGAGAGGCGACGUCGCGGGGUCGAAGAUCGAGAUGCGAGGGACGCCGUGGGUCGCGUACCCGGACGGCACCAAGCGCGAGAUCAACGAGGACGAGAAGGUGAUGUUCGAGCGGAGGAAGAUAUCGCCGUUUAGGAGGAUCGGCGUGACGUGA